UGAGCAGCAGCCAGUCCAACCCCGAAAAGUCCAAAGUCAAGUUUCUUCCCCGCUAUAUCUUUCCCCACUUUCCCGGAAAUGAAACCCAAACAGAACUCUAUAGCUAAAAGCUUUCCCUCAUUUUCUCGAGAAAACUCUUAAGAGUGAAAAAACUAGAAACGAGCGAGGAAAAAAUAUGGAGCAUUCGAGCCAAGAGUCCCUGAUGAAACACUCGAAUUCCAUAACCUACGAAUCCCCUUACCCACUGUACUCCUUGGCCAUCUCCAACUCCCCCUAUCGCGUCGCCAUCGGCAGCUUCCUUGAGACCUACAACAAUCGUGUCGAUAUUCUUUCUUUCGACCCGGACGCCUUGACCAUCAAGCCCCACCUCCCUUCUCUCUCAUUCGAUCAUCCCUAUCCGCCCACCAAGCUCAUGUUCCACCCCUCCAACCCUAACCUCCUUGCCUCCUCCGGCGACUUCCUCCGCCUCUGGGACCUACGUGACCACUCCGUUGAGCCCCUCUCAGUUCUCAACAACAGCAAGUCCUCCGAGUUUUGCGCCCCGCUGACCUCCUUCGACUGGAACGACAUCGAACCCAGGCGCGUUGGCACCUCCAGCAUCGACACCACCUGCACCAUCUGGGACGUCGACAAGGGCGUCGUUGAGACCCAGCUCAUCGCCCACGACAAGGAGGUAUAUGACAUCGCUUGGGGGGAGGCUAGGAUUUUCGCCUCCGUCUCCGCCGACGGAUCGGUUCGGAUCUUCGAUCUCCGGGACAAGGAGCACUCCACCAUAAUCUACGAGAGCCCUCUGCCCGAUACACCGCUUCUGAGGCUGGCCUGGAAUAAGCAGGACCUGAGGUAUAUGGCGACGAUUCUGAUGGACAGCAACAAGGUCGUGAUUUUGGAUAUACGGUCGCCGACGAUCCCGGUGGCGGAGCUUGAGAGGCAUGCAGCUAGCGUGAAUGCAAUCUCUUGGGCGCCCCAGAGUGCCAGGCAUAUUUGCUCGGCGGGGGAUGAUACUCAGGCCCUCAUUUGGGAGCUGCCCACGGUAGCUGGCCCCAAUGGAAUCGAUCCGAUGUCGGUAUACUCCGCUGGGUCGGAGAUUAACCAGCUGCAGUGGUCGGCGGCGGUGCCUGAUUGGAUUGCCAUCGCGUUUUCCAACAAAAUGCAGCUCUUGAAAGUUUGAGCGGGCAAGAGACGGGGAAACGGAUUUGGUGUUGGAGUCAGAUCAUAACUUCUUCACUGAAGUAGAGCAAAUGUCGCCCAUUUCAGUUUGUUAGCCUCAUUGGAGAUGCAUUACCAUCUAUCUGCCUACCAUGGCUUCAUAAUGAUGCAACCAACCUGCCUACAACAGGGCAUCAUAAUGCUAUCUGCAUUGUGUCCUGCAAGGUUUCAUAUUAUAUUCGUCAUGACACUGUUGUACUUUCUCUUAACUGUUACUCAUGUGUCAAAGAGUGAAGUAUGUUUUUGAUUAUGAAAAUCAUAACAGUCAACUAUGGAUAGCUUAGUGUGGCGUUUACGAUGGUAGAUUGGUUUACAUUCUUUUGAAAUUUUAUAUUGAAUUAUUUUUUCUGUUGCAAGACUUCCCAAGUUUCCCUAUUAUUUUGGGUGUGUCAAUGGGAUGAGAUGGGAUGGAAUUCGUUCUUUUAGAAUAAUGAACUGUGCUUUAGAAUGAUGAACUUAUCCACAUGGUUGUGAUUUUCUGAAGCUUUUAAGUUGCGCUGAGGAUAUAAUUGAAAGGAAAAAUAAGUGCUCAAAGUAAAACAUGGACUUGUACAACAUAUAUUUUGUAAGAAGCCUAAAUCAGUGGCUUGAGUUGCAAUGUGAAAUGUUGAAUGAUCAUUUUAUAUUUUCAUUUAUGACAUAACUUUUUUCUUGUUUACUGAUAGAAACAUAUAUAUAUAUACAUAUUUCCUUUACGACGUGAGCUAACACUUUUGUGUUUAGAAAGACUGACUUUAGUGUUCAUAUUGGUCCCACCCUGGUUCACUGAUAAAAUUGUCUCUAUUAGCUUGUUAGUUGGGUGAGUAGCCCCAGAAGAUGUACUACCUAUUGGAUUUUCUUCUGUUCAAAGACAUUACAGAGGAUGAUUUUACGCAUGAAAAUAUUCAUCUUUUAGCUAAGACUUCUAGCAUAUGCCUUCUUUGUUAAAUCGGAUGUGUUUUGCAU